AUGAAUUUCCUUACUCUAGCUAGCGAAUGCGAUACAAAGAAUAAUGCAGUGAGUUUUUUACAAACUCGUGGCAUUUUGCAUAAUCCGAGAUUAUGUAAAAAUAAACAUGAAAUGGUUUUGCAACUCACUGAAAAACAAGAUCGUUGGUGUUGUUCAAAACGUGAGUGUCGACAAUACGCGCCAUUGCGUGCGGAUAAUUUUCUGGCUAGUUCUCGUCUCGACUACGAAACAAUAGUGAUGUUUAUUUAUUGUUGGAGUAAGGAAUACACUUCAAUAAUGUUUUGUAAGGAAGAACUUAACAUGAACCACAACACAACAGUGGACUGGAAUAUGUACAUGCGUGAAGUCUGUGAAUACACUUCAACAAACAAUAGUGCUAAAAUAGGUGGUGUUAAUACAACUGUUGAGAUCGAUGAAAGCUGUUUCAGUAUGUUUAAUUUUAAAUUAGCUCUCCUGCACAAUUUAAAUUUUGUGACUUACAACAAGUGUGCACCGAGCUAUCAAUAUGCUACCACAAUUUUAUGA